AAACAUGGCAUGCAAGGUCGUUUUGGAAAUAAUUUUUGCACUCCUUCACUUUAUGAACCACUUGCGCACGCAACUAACCAGGCAAGGCAUGAAACUGAUCGACAUUGGAGCCAACCUCACAGACCCCGUGUUCCGCGGCCUCUACCGGGGCAAACAGUCGCAUCCGGACGACAUGCAGCAGAUAUUGGACCGGGCAAGGGCAGCUGGAGUUGUCGCCAUGAUGGUUACAGGUGGAAACCUCCACGAGAGCAAAGAAGCGAUUGCACUGGCGCGCGAGUUCCCUGGUCUCUAUGCAACCGUUGGGUGUCACCCAACACGGACCAGCGAGGUCGACAAGCAUAGCGCAGGAGCAGAUGCGUAUUUUGCGGAGCUGCAAGACCUUGCUGAGAAGAACCGCGAUAAGGUGGUGGCUAUUGGUGAAUGUGGGCUAGACUAUGACCGCCUGCAUUUCUCGGACAAGGAACCACAGCACAAGUAUUUUGCACGUCAAUUUGCGCUGGCUGAAGCUACCAAGCUGCCUAUGUUUCUGCACAACCGCAAUACGGGAGGCGACUUUGCCAAGAUGAUUAAGGAGAACCGGCACAGGUUCUCGACAGGCGUUGUCCACUCGUAUACUGGCCCAAUCGACGAAGCCAAAGAGCUGCUUGAAAUGGGCUUGUACAUUGGCCUCAAUGGCUGCUCGCUCAAGACCGAGGAGAACCUGGAAGUUGCCAAGCAGAUUCCAGUGGACCGGCUGAUGAUUGAAACUGACUGCCCGUAUUGUGAAAUUAGACCGACCCAUGCGAGUCACAAAUUGCUGAAGCCUGAGAACUCCGACGGUUGGAAGGCACCUGAGGCGAAGAAGAAGGAGCGGUGGACUCCCGAGUGCAUGGUCAAAAGCCGCAAUGAGCCGUGCAUGAUACGCCAGGUUCUCCAGGUUCUUGCAUCGCUGCAUGGCAUUAGCGAGCAGGAUCUUGCUGACCAGGUGUUUGAGAACACGCGCAAAGUGUUCUUCCCUGAUCAGGAUAUCUAGAAAUGAUAUUACUUUACUAUGGUUGAUGGGAACCUUUAAAGUAUGCCUAUUUGCCUUAACUAUUAGUACAAUAUCGGUUCGUCCUUUGCAAUAACUUCAGCUACCUUGAUUGCAUAUCGUUAUCAUUCCUGAGAUUGAAUAGAUAUAGGUAGCUCCGUUAGACUUUGCCUCUUUCAGCCACGCAAGAUGUUGAUACUCAGCCCUCCUGUGUUUCUGUUUGCCCAUACCAACUGGAGAAGGAGCCAAUGUAACGAAUGUGCUUAUCCGACCUGCAAAUC